AUGAAAGGAUGUCAUCAAAGAUUCUUUGGUGGCAAUUGUUCUGCGAAAUGUAGUAUUAACUGCAUAAACAAUUCCUGUCACCAUGUCGAGGGUCAUUGCAGUGGUGGGUGUAAUGCAGGAUGGAUAGGUUCAAACUGCAGUCAAGUUUGUCCUGAUGGACAUCACGGCGUGAAUUGUUCAGACACCUGCAGUUCAUAUUGUCUAGCAGAUACAUGUGAUCAUGUAACUGGAGUUUGUGUCUUUGGGUGUGAUGAUGGAUACAAAGGGCAACUGUGUAGAGAACGUUGUGAUUAUAGCUGGUAUGGCAAGAACUGCUCUAUGGAAUGUUAUACAAACUGUAUCAACAAAUCCUGUCAUUAUAUCACGGGUAACUGCCUAGGCGGAUGUAAACCCGGUUGGAUAGGAUUAAAUUGUAGUCAAGCUUGUGAGAAAGGAUUGUAUGGUCCUAACUGUUCAGAAACCUGCAGUGAAUUUUGCAAAAUUCAUAUAGAUUGCAACCACAUUGACGGAAAAUGUAGUACUGGAUGCAGAAGCGGAUACACUGGGUCGAAAUGCGAUAGAAAAUGUGUAGAUGGAUUGUAUGGUCAACACUGCUCUUACGCAUGUUCCUCCUGUCUAAACGAUAAAUGUGAUCCUGUUGACGGAGUCUGCGUCAUGGGAUGUGACGAUGGAUACACAGGUCAACGUUGUGAUAAAUCCUGUGACGCUGGUGUGUUUGGGAAAAACUGCUCUGACAAAUGCAAUGCGAACUGCAAAGACCAGUCAUGCGACCACAGAUACGGUAACUGUACAAAGGGGUGUGGUGCUGGAUGGAUGGGAUUUAACUGUUCCACGGAAUGUACAUUCGGAUGGCAUGGAGAGGAUUGCCUAAAAGCAUGUAGUGGCAACUGUGCUAACAAAACAACGUGUAACAGGUUUAACGGAACUUGUUCAGGGGGAUGUGAAACGUCAUUCACUGGAGAGAAAUGUGACAGAAAUAUCGCUAUUUUAAUGCCAGCUCCCUCUGAUUCCUCAGCGAGUGAUGUCCCAUACGGUUAUAUAACUGGACUUGUCGUAUCUAUAAUCUUCAACGUUUUUCAAUGUGGUGUAUUAAUAGCUGCAAGGAGGCAUUACAUGAAGAGAGGCGAAAAUUCUUCCCCACAUUAUAUGAGUCAUGGCAAUCAGACAACAGCAACAACUGAUGAUACCCAUACAUACCAAGAACUCAAUACAUCAGCAAACAUUAACUCGUACCAAAAUCUUUCAUUCGGAAGUGAUCUAUGAAUUCCGCAUGGACAUGAUGUGGUGGAAGUCGGAUAGACAUAAGGAAUAUAUGCUUCACUGGAAUGACAGUGGCUAUUUAUAGUUGGGGCAGUGUAUUUUUGGUGAUGUCUGGAUGGGUAUAGGUCCAUGUUUAAAGAGAUCGACGUUAAUGAGAAGAAAGUGUUUACGUUAUUUAGUUAAUGUGAUAAUUGUGAAUCUAAUUAAAAUCAGACUUCUUAUAUCCACGCCGUAUACUCUGCGUAAGAUCUGACAUAACCCGAUUAGGGGUCAUGUUCAGAUGCAUUUUAUAUCAGCCAAUCAGCGCGUCGGCUUUGAAACUGUCGGUGUUUAGAAUUCAAGGAAAACGGCUGCGAUUGUUUGGUUUGACAGAAAACAUAUCACAGUUAAAUGUGACGUCACAAUGCAUCGUUUACGUCGACUGGCCUUAUAUUCCUCGCGUGUUUUAAGUAAACUAUUUUGAAAACUAUUCAAAUCGUGCCCAUCCCUAUUCAUACAUAAAUCGCAAUUCACAAUUAAUUUGAUUUGUGUGUACUUUAUCUGGUACGUUUUGUUGUUUGUAUGGACAGAAUAGAUUAGACAUUACUGCGAAAGUUUAAAAUUCCUUAUGUGAGAAUAUACAAUUUUAUAAUGUGCAAUAAACUUCGUGGGAAACUGAUUACCACAACUUGUUUACGAAUUGCCGGAAACCGCCUGAAUAACCAUCAUUGUCUGUAUGGCGCAAUCUGACUGGUUGAUAAUUCUCAUGAAUAUUCUAAACAAAAGGUCAACGGGGUUAUGUCAGAUCCUAUUAUAGUGAUUGUGAGCGUAUCAUAGAAUCUGAUUUUAAUUAGAUUGUAAUAAAUGUCAUUCUACACAGUGUGUAAGACUAGAUCAGUACACGUGCGUGUAAUAUCGGAAGCAAAUAUUGAUUCCCUGAGUUUUUCACACGUCAGCAAGAUUUUAUGUACACAUUUAAAUUGCAAUUGAAUUGAUUUUAUAAACUACCUAAACAUCCUUUUUAAAAAAAUACGUAUGG